AAAUGCCGGAUGCAACCACGGGAGAGAGACCCGGGCACAGUUUAUUUACAUCCUCGGAGGCAGUGUAAGUUUAGAGGGGAAGCCGCUGCUGCUGCGUGUGUCUCCCUCUUUACUUUCACCGAACCCCCUCCUCCUCCUCCUCUCCUCCUCUCCUCCUCCUCCGCUGGCAGAAAUUUAUAAAGAACAAAAAAUCCUGCGAGGGAGGGAGGGGGGUUGAUAUAUUCGCCGAGGCUGAAAUCGAGAGGCGAACCCAGGGAAAGAGGAGUAAUUUCUACACGGGACUUUCCCCCUCUUAGUCCCCCAAAAGGAGGGGGAAAAGUCGCAAUAUUGGAAACGAGAAGGACCGAGCUUCUAAAGGGCGUGAAAACGUCCGCAACUGUGGAGACUUUAUAUAUUUUUAUUUCGAAAAAAAUAUGGCCGAGAACGUUCUGGACUCUGGCCCGCCUUCAGCCAAGAGGCCUAAACUGUCGUCUCCGGCUCUCUCCGCCUCCGCCAGCGAUGGAAACGAUUUCGGCUCACUGUUUGACUUGGAGCACGAUCUCCCAGACGAGCUCAUCAGCUCUAACGAACCAGGCCUGGUCAAUGGUGGGGACCUCAGCCAGUUGCACACCACUCUGGGAGGAGGACCUGCAGGGCUGGGUCCUGGAGGAGGCGGCGGAGGGCCAGGAGGAAUGGGACUUGGGCUUGGCGGCGGCCAGGAUGCGGUGGCCAAGCACAAACAGCUGUCCGAGCUUUUGCGUUCGGGGGCGCCCACCUCGACCCAACAAGGACACCAAGGAGCCAUGGGCAGCCCGGGAGGCCCCAGCGCCAUGGGGCAACACUUGGCGAACAUGAAGGCGUCCCCAGGCCAGGGGCCUCAGCAGAUGAUGGGCCAGGGGCAGCAGCACCUCUCCCCUCAGCAGCAGGCCAACAUGAUGCAGCAGCAACAGAACGCUGCAGCCGGAAUGAUGGGUGGCAUGAACAGGGCCAUGAUGGGAGCGCAGCAGAAAGGCAAUAAUGGACAGCAGCAGCCAGGCAUGAUUGGGAGCCAGGUGAUGAAUGGCUCCCCCAGGAUGGGCUUUGGGAAUCAGGGGAUGGGUGGCAACAGCAACCUGCUGGCUGAGACCCUACAGCAGCAGGGAGCUGGGGGCCAGGCAGGGAUGAGAGGCCAGCAACCUGGAGCCAUGAACAAGUUGGGAAUGAUGGGUAACCCAGGGGGCCCUUUUGGAGGUCCGUAUGCAGGGCAGGGGAAUCAAGGUCUGGGAGGCGCAGGGCUGGGCCCUCAGCUCCAGAACAAAGGUCCCAUGGCCAACAGCCUGGCCCAGUUCAAUGUGGACAAGAAGAACCAGCCCAUGCAAGGAAUGGCCGCCAUGGGCUCCCAGCAGUCACAAACGGGCGUGGGCGGUCCCUCCGUUGCACCUGUGGGAGGAUCCCCGGGGAUGGUGCCCAACGCUCAGGCAGGUCUUGUCGGUCCCGGUGCCCAGGUCUCUGCAGCAUCUGCCGCUGCCGGAGCACCACCCACAGCAGACCCCGAGAAGCGCAAGCUAAUCCAGCAGCAACUGGUACUCCUGCUCCACGCGCACAAGUGCCAGCGGCGGGAGCAGGCCAACGGCGAAGUCCGGCAGUGCAACCUGCCCCACUGCCGCACCAUGAAGAACGUCCUCAACCACAUGACUCACUGCCAGGCUGGCAAGUCCUGUCAGGUUGCUCACUGCGCGUCAUCAAGGCAGAUCAUCUCCCAUUGGAAGAACUGCACCCGACACGACUGUCCCGUCUGUCUGCCGCUGAAGAAUGCCGGAGACAAGAGGAACCCGCAGUGUGAGUCUCUACUCAGCGCGGCCGCUGCAGGUCUGGGCAGCUCUCUCGGGGCAGUACCCGGUGGCCAACCAAGUACUCCCAACCUCAACCCGCCGAGCCAGAUUGACCCCAGCUCCAUAGAAAGAGCCUACGCAGCCCUGGGCCUCACCUACCAGGGCAACCAGAUUCAGGUGCAGACUACCCAGCCCAACAUGUCCAAUCAGGGCUUGCCAGGCCAGGCUGGCAUGAGGUCUCUGAACCCAAUGGGUACGAAUCCUAUGGGAGUCAAUGGAGGUGUGGGAUCUUCCCCUCAGAGCCAACAAGCCAGCCUGCUGCAGGACACCAUGAUGCACCUCAAUGUGAACAGCCAAGGUCUGAUGAAUGAUUCCGGUGGGGUCGGCUCCAUGCCCACAGCAGGCCCCCCCUCAUCCUCAGGCAUGAGGAAGAGCUGGCAUGAGGACAUCACGCAGGACCUACGAAACCACUUGGUACACAAACUUGUUCAGGCCAUCUUUCCGACUCCAGAUCCCGCCGCUCUCAAGGACCGUCGAAUGGAGAACCUGGUGGCCUAUGCCAGAAAAGUUGAGGGAGACAUGUAUGAGUCAGCCAACAGCAGAGCUGAGUACUAUCACCUGCUAGCGGAGAAGAUCUAUAAGAUCCAGAAGGAGCUGGAGGAGAAGAGGAGGACCCGGCUCCAGAAGCAGGGUCUGGGUAUCGGGAUGGGUCAGCCCCCCACUGGACUGCCUCCAAUCUCUGUUCUUACAGACGGUCCCCUCCCUGACCCAUCAAUGGUGCGACCAGCUGGACCAAAUCAGAUGGUCAGCAGGAUGCAAGUCCCAGGUAUGAAUCAGUUCAAUCAGAUGGGGAUGCAGUCUAUGGCCCAGAGGUCCACGCCUCCUCUCCCCAUAGGAGCACCUGGUAACCAGAUGGGAAUGGUCGCGCCCAGGAUGGGGCAGCCUAAUGUCAACCAGCUGCAGAACCAGUAUCUGUCCCAGGGGCAGUUUCCUGGCUCAGGACCAGGAGUUGGACCAGCUCAGCCUGGGAUGACCCAACCUGGAGCCCAGUCAAGCAUGGCACAGACGCAGAUGGGCACUCCUCCUUCUCUUCCAGUUGCUAGUCCUCUAGCACAGCCGGGUUCAGUCGGCGGCCCCGGUAGCGUCUCUGCAGUGGGGCCCAUGGGUCCUCAGAGCGUGGGCGGCGGAGGUCCCAACUCGGUCGUCGGAGCCCCCUCAAUGACUCCACCUAACGCAAAUCAGCAACCCAACUCCAUCCCCCAUUUGGCAGCCAUGCGCGGCUCGCCCUCCCCCGCUCACAGCCGAUCUCCUACUCCUCACCAAACGCCCCCCAGACUAGCCGGCUCCCAGACCCCGCAGCCGCACACCCCUAACGCACCACAGCUGGGUCCACCUUCAGUCCCCCAGCAGAACCAGCUGAGCCAGGGCCCCGGCUCCAACAAGCCCCUCCAGCAGCAGCAAAUGGGGUCCGCUGGUUCGACCACUCCAUCCCACCCUGGAAUGGCCUCCAGCUCGAUGCCGCAUGGCGCUCAGCUGCCACGCACUCCGUUGUCCCAAAAGGGUUCCUUCCCAGCGGACAGUCAGGCUCUGACCCCAGCCUCGGUCAGCAGCCUGGACACUUCCUCCCAGCAGCCACAGUCGAACGCUUCAGCCGCCAACCUCGACCCCAAGAUGGAGAUCAAGCAGCAGGACGACGAGGACGAGAGCGACCCCGGCAGCUGCUCCAAAGGAGGGAAGCUGAGCAACAUCAAAAUGGAGGAAAAGCCUGUGAAAAUAGAGCUGAAAAAGGAGGAGUGUUCCGGAGAGGGAGGUAAAGGGCUUCCCAUGGAUACAUCGACGACGAAGCCGGCGGCGAGCAUCAAGACGGAAGACAGGAAACCGGAGAUAAAGAAGGAGGUGAAAGAGGAAGAGGAGACGUCGGAGGCAGCUACACCAACCCCAGUGAAAAAGAAGAUCUUCAAGCCAGAGGAGCUUCGUCAGGCCCUGAUGCCCACACUCGAAUCUCUGUACAGACAAGAUCCAGAGUCUCUGCCCUUCAGAAUGCCUGUAGACCCGCAGCUACUGUGCAUACCUGACUACUUUGAUAUUGUGAAGACACCCAUGGACUUGUCUACUAUCAAACGAAAGCUGGAUACAGGUCAGUACCAGGAUCCCUGGCAGUAUGUGGAUGACAUCUGGCUGAUGUUCAACAACGCCUGGCUGUACAACCGCAAAACAUCCAGAGUCUACAAGUACUGCUCCAAGCUGGCCGAGGUUUUUGAGCAGGAGAUCGAUCCCGUCAUGCAGAGCCUUGGCUACUGUUGCGGGAGGAAGCUGGAGUUCUCUCCUCAGACACUGUGCUGCUACGGAAAGCAGCUGUGCACUAUUCCCAGAGAUGCUGCUUACUUCAGCUACCAGAACAGAUCACCAAAAUUUGGGCUUGUUGCUGACAGGUACCACUUCUGUGAGAAGUGCUUCAACGAGAUCCAGGGAGAGACGGUUUCCCUGGGCGACGACCCCACCCAGCCACAGACAUCGAUUAACAAGGAACAGUUUGAGAAGAAGAAGAAUGACACACUGGACCCUGAACUGCUUGUUGAAUGUAUGGACUGUGGGCGCAGGAUGCAUCAGAUUUGCGUCUUGCACCAUGAAACCAUCUGGCCAUCGGGUUUUGUAUGUGACGGCUGCUUAAAGAAGACAAACAAGACCAGGAAAGAGAACAAGUAUUCUGCCAAAAGGUUGCCUCAGACAAAGUUGGGCAGUUACCUAGAGAUAAGGGUGAACGACUUCCUGAAGCGUCAGGUCUACCCGGACGCCGGAGAAGUCUCCAUUCGCGUCGUCCACGUCUCUGACAAAGUGGUGGAGGUCAAACCAGGCAUGAAGUCCAGAUUUGUGGACAGUGGAGAGAUGUCGGAGUCUUUCCCAUACAGGACAAAAGCCCUUUUCGCGUUUGAGGACAUUGACGGAGCAGACGUCUGCUUCUUUGGUAUGCACGUUCAAGAGUACGGAUCGGACUGCCCUCAGCCCAACCAGAGGCGAGUAUACAUCUCCUACCUGGACAGCGUGCACUUCUUCCGGCCUCGUGCUCUAAGAACAGCAGUCUACCAUGAAGUCCUCAUCGGCUACUUGGAAUAUGUCAGGAAGUUGGGCUACACCACUGGGCACAUCUGGGCCUGCCCACCUAGUGAAGGGGACGACUACAUCUUCCACUGUCACCCUGCAGAUCAGAAGAUCCCAAAGCCCAAACGCCUCCAAGAGUGGUACAAGAAGAUGUUAGACAAAGCUGUGGCGGAGCGGAUAGUGCACGAUUACAAGGAUGUCUUCAAGCAGGCGACAGAGGAUCGUUUGACCAGUGCCAAGGAGUUGCCUUACUUCGAGGGCGACUUUUGGCCCAAUGUGUUGGAGGAGAGCAUCAAAGAGCUGGAGCAGGAGGAGGAGGAGAGGAAGAGGGAGGAGAACAGCACGUCCAAUGAGAGUAUUGAUGACACAAAAGGUGACAGUAAAAAUGCAAAGAAGAAGAACAACAAGAAGACGAGUAAGAACAAGAGCAGCCUGAGCCGAGCCAAUAAGAAGAAGCCAGGGAUGCCCAAUGUCUCCAAUGACCUUUCACAGAAACUCUAUGCCUGUAUGGAAAAACACAAAGAGGUGUUCUUCGUGAUCCGGCUGAUCGCAGCACCCAUGGCGAAUGCCUUACCCCCUAUUACGGAUCCGGAUCCCCUUAUGGCGUGUGACCUCAUGGACGGCCGCGACGCUUUCCUGACACUGGCCCGAGACAAACACCUGGAGUUCAGCUCGCUGAGGAGGUCCAUGUGGAGCUCCAUGUGCAUGCUGGUGGAGUUGCAUAACCAAAGCCAGGACCGCUUCGUCUACACUUGUAAUGAGUGUAAGCACCACGUGGAGACUCGCUUCCACUGUACCGUCUGCGAGGAUUACGACCUCUGCAUCACGUGCUACAACACUAAGGGCCAUGUGCACAAGAUGGAGAAGUUAGGCCUCGGGUUGGACGACGAGAGCAACAACCAGGCCGCCGCAACCACUCAGAGCCCCGGAGACUCCCGUCGCCUCAGCAUCCAGCGCUGCAUCCAGUCCCUCGUCCACGCCUGCCAGUGUCGAAACGCAAACUGCUCUCUGCCGUCCUGCCAGAAGAUGAAACGCGUCGUUCAGCACACGAAAAGCUGCAAGAGGAAAACCAACGGUGGCUGCCCCAUCUGCAAGCAGCUCAUCGCGUUGUGUUGCUACCACGCCAAGCACUGUCAGGAGAACAAGUGUCCGGUUCCGUUCUGCCUAAACAUCAAGCACAAGCUCCGGCAGCAGCAGCUGCAGCACCGGCUCCAGCAAGCCCAGAUGCUACGGAGGAGGAUGGCCAGCAUGCAGAGAGUGGGCCAGCCUGCUCCUGGAGGAGCUCCCGGGGGCAACGGCCUGCCUUCUCCAGGAGCCAACAACGGAGCAACCGGUCCUGGUACCCCUACAUCUGUGGGCACGCAACCUCCUACCCCACAGACGCCCACCCAGGGGAACAUGCCUGCACUUCCGCAGCAGCAAGGAGUUGGGAUGGGUGGAAUGGGAGGAAUGGGAACCCCAGGCCAGCAACAGCAGGUUCAACAGCAAGGUGGUGCCAUGCCCCCUCAACAUCAUCUCCAUCAGUUUCAGCAAGUGGGUGGAGGAGGUGGAGGGGGGAUGAUGAACUCUCCUCAGCAGCAGAUGGUGCCUCAGCUCCAGCAGCAGCCUCCCAAUGUCCAGCAGCAGCAGCACCCUGGUGGUUUGCCUCCGUACAACCCCAGACCGCCUGGGGCUUCUCCUCUCCACCCGUCCCUGGGUAAACCUGGCCUGGGUCCAGCCACCCCACCCCAGCAGCAGCAACCCAACCAGGGCCCGGGGUCCAUGCCUGUACAAGGCCAGCAGCAAGGGCCCCCUCUGGCUGCUGUAGAGACGGCCCUAAAAAUCCAGCGCCUAGCGGAGAACCAGAGACAGAUGGCUCAGGCCCAGGCCCAAGCCCAGAUACGUGGCUUGGGACAGGGGGGCAUGAUACCCCAGCAUCCUCACCACCAGAACACCCAGGCCCAGAUGGGCAUGCCCCACAUUGGGGCCCAAGGCAUGACCCCCCAGGCACCGGGAGUUGUUGGCAGGACUAUGUUAGACCCUCAGCAACAGGGAAUGCUAGCGGGGAUGCAGCAAGGCGGCCCCCAGUCGCAGUUGCCGCCUCAAGUUCAGCAGCAGCUCCAGCAAGUCCAGCAGGGAGGUGGUGGACAACUUCAGCCAGCAAACCAGCAGUGGGGUGCUGGCGGACCAGCCAUGAACCAACAACAACGGCAAGCCAUGAUGGGUCACAUGGCACCGCAGCCAGCGGUUACUCAGCAACAGCAGCAGCAGAUGAAUCAGCAACAGCCGCAACCAGGAAACCGCGGGCUGAUGCAGGUAAUGGGUGUAUCAGGAGGGGCAGCAGGGUCGCCUAAUUCAAUAGCGGCUGCAGCCGCGUCAGGAAACCUACCCCAGGCAGCACUACAAGACCUCCUGAGAACACUGCGCUCUCCGAGCUCACCCCUUCAACAGCAGCAAGUCCUCAACAUCCUUCGUUCCAACCCGACCCUUAUGGCCGCUUUUAUCAGGCAGAGAGCAGCCAGGUACCAAGGUGGUCAGGGUGGCCCUGGAGGAGUGGUAGGGCCUCCAAAUGGGGGCCCUGGAGGGGUGAGGUUCGCAGGGGCUGCUGGAGUACUGCCCGUUCUAGGAGGGGCUAACAUGGAUGGACAGCAGCAGGUUAAUGUGAACCAGGCAGGCCAGCAAGGGAUGAGCAUGGCUCAGGGUGGAGCAGGAGGAGGGAAUAUGCCCACCAUGGCUCAGCUUCAGCAGCUACAACAGCAGCAGCAGCAGCAGCAACAACAACAGCAGCAGCAACAACAGCAACAGCAGCGCCCAAUGUUGCCUGGGAAUCUACAGCAACAGCAAAUGGCUGCAUUACAGCAGCAGCAGCAACAACAACAGGGAGCAAUGCAAGCAAGGGAGGGAGCAAUGCAGCAAGGCAACAUCACCAAUAUGACGCCGCAGUUCAGAGAGCUGUUGAUGAGGAGACACCUGCAGCAGCAGCAACAACGACAACAACAGCAACAGCAGCAGCAACAACAACAACAACAACAACAACAACAACAACAACAACAACAACAACAACAACAGAUGGGAAACCACGGGCAGUUCCAGCAGCCUCAAGGACUCCAGCAACAAGGCCAGCAAGGUUUCAUGCAGCCUGGCCAGGGACAGCCAGGGAUACCCCCCUCUUCCCAACCCCAGCCUGGGGGUGGAGGCGUAGGGGGUCCCCAGCAGCAGCAGGGAGGACCACAGGGUGGGCCGGGACAGCAGCAAGGCUACCCAAACUCCAUGUCGCAAGUAGCUGCAGCGCUCCAGCAGCGGCUCCAGCAUCAGAUGCAGAUGCAGCAACAGCAGCAGCAGCAACAACAACAGCAGCAACAACAACAGCAGCAGCAAAAUACAAUGGGUGGGCUUCAAGGACAAGACGGAGGGCCCGGUGGAGGCACAGGAGGACCAGGAGGGCCUCCGCUCCAGCCUGGACAAGGGGGACCAGGGCCGGGGCAGCAACAGCAAGGUGGAGUCGGCGGCGGGGGCGGCGGGCCCCCACUGCCGCAGACAACCCAAAGCAUGCUCCACCAGAACAUCCACCAGAGGCUCCUGCAACAGCAGCAGCAGCAUCUGGGCGGGGGCUCUCCAGCGCAGCACAGCAGUCCCAUGAGUCCUCAACAGCAGAUGGCGCAGUCCCCGCACCAUCUCCAAGGACAAGGCGGACACGGUCCACUCAGCAGCCAGGUCAGGUCGCCCCAGCCGUCGCCGAGGCCGCAGUCGCAGCCGCCGCACUCCAGCCCGUCCCCGCGCAUGCAGCCCUCGUCCCAGCCUCAGCCUCAGCCCUCGCCUCAUCGCAUCUCGCCGCAGACCCAGACCGGCUCGCCCCACCCGGGCCACUUAGGCCAACAUCACCCCAGCAUGGCGCCGCCCCAACCUCCGCAACCCCAAGCGUUAUCUCAGCCGGGUAGUUCUGUAGAUCCCGGUCAGUUCAGCUCGGACCAGAACUCCAUCAUGUCCCAGCUGAGCGGGAUGACGGGGAUGCACGGCGGGCAGGGGGGACAGUCGGACAUGUUGGGGGGGAAUAACAACGGCAGCAACAACAACCAGGAGCUGGGAACGAACAUUAACCACAACAGUUUAGACCUUAUGUAGCCUCGACUGUCUCUCCGUCUCGACGCUCUGAUCAGUCGCCCCAAAUCACAAACUGCCAUGAAAGGAGAGCGAGGCGGGACUACAGCUUUUGGGCUUUUAGAAGUUUUUAUUUUUUAUUUAAAUAUUUUUGUGAUGUAUAAAUAUGAACUGAAGCUUCCUUCCUAUGGGAGAUGCAAAAUAAAUCUUAGAAGUCAAUAAAUGAAUAAAUUAAAACAAUGGUAAGUUAUUGCUGUUAAUAUAUAUCUAUAUAUUUUUGCCAAUUGUGUACAAAAAGGUGGAAGGGCAGUGUUUCAGGUUGAAGAUAUUUCUUCCUUAGUCUAUGACACAAUAUUUUUGGGGACUUUGCCUUUUUAUGAAUAUUUUUAAGAUUUUAAAUGUGGCUAAAAAUUAAAAGUGAGUUGACACGAUGUACCUUUUUUAUCGUUUUGUUUUCCUCCUCAAAUACCCAGUCAUAAUUGUAUCUAUUUUGCAGAGUAUAUUUUAUUUCUGAAUUUAUUAUUUUUUCUCCCCCCCCCUCAAUGGAUCGUAAUACAAGCAUCAACAUAUCUUCUGUUACAGGAAAUCUCUUUUUUCUGGACAGUUUUCACAGCAAUGUACAUUUUACAGCGACCGCAACGAUUCACAUAUAUAGAAUUUAUUUUAUACGAUAGGUGGGCGGGAGGGGGCGUUAAAUGCAGUUUGAUUUUGGCAGGUUGUUUUUGUUUUCACAGGGUUUAUAGGUUGGAAUUAAACCUCAACAGUGUUUUGGGGAGUGGGCGACACUGGUCGUAUUUUUCUGCAAACAAUGGCCAGAUCCGCAGAACAAAUCCUUGCACCCACAGGCCACCUCCAGUUCUCCUAUGAAUGUGCACACCUUCCUUACCCUGACCCACCUCACCCACCCACCCCCUGCAGGAAAUGAACUGUUGAUGUCCGAUCGUCUAGCUGUUAGAGGCGUAUUGUGCCCCUGUUUCAAGCUGGCCGAUGUUGAAAGGUUGUGCGUGUACAUAUAUUACAACCUUGUUUAUGAACUGUGACUCAGAAAGAGGUCGAUAUGUGUUUUGGGCUGCAGAGGUUUGAGAAAAUCCUGCCUGUAUCCUCAACGGUUUCACUUUCACUACUUUCCUCUCUUUCCCUUUUGUUCCUCAUCCUCAACCACAAGAUUUAAUUCAAUGUUAGUACUGUACAAAGUAAGAAAUGGUGGACUUAGAUACUGUUUUUGUAAUGAAAUUGAAAGAUGUAAAAAAAAAAAAAAAAAAAAAAAAACCUGUACAUACUUUAAAUCCUUAUGAGCAGAGACGUUAUUUUCUGCUGCUUGUUUCCCCUCUUGUUUGAUUGGAUAUUUGCUGUAUCUGUAAAAAAAAGACAAAAAACUACAAAAGUACUCCUGAGCUACUGUACAGUAUUGAGAUUCUUUUCUAAAAGGUACAGUGUGGGGUGUAGUAGGUCACAAGCACCAAUGCGCCUUUUUCUGUGUAUUUUUGACAAGGUUUUAGGGAUGGGAGGGGGUUAUCGCAACAAGUCGCACACCUGAACAAUCUCAAAACUUAAAGACGAUGUAGAGCCGAGACGGGUUAGAGGUGUGAUCGGAAAGAGUUUAAAUUUGGUCAUUUAGCUUUUUACGGAGAGGACUGAAGACACAAUAUUCACAUGCUCACUAUUUUUCUCAAAAGGUUGGGCUUGCUGGGUAUGGGGAGGGGACGCGUCAGAACCAGGUGGCAAUAUAUCUUGAGACUUAUUUUAUAAGAAAAAAACAAGGAAAAACUGUCUUUUAUAUAUAGAUAUAUUAUUUAAUUUUAUUUUUUGGAAAUAAAACUUGAAGCUACAGGAAUUAUUAGAU